AUCACUGUGGUAGAAGUAGAGGGUAGGAGAGAGGGAGAUUAUAAUGUGAAUGCAGAGAUAAUGGAAGAGGUGAAGCAGUACAGACCAGCUGGGGUGGAGGAGAGGGCGUGUUCUGCACCUCGGGAUCAUUGGAUGCCUAUGUACACCCACUAUUUGAUAGCGGGGCUCAGGUUUCCAAUUCCUGAGCUGCUAGUAGGUUUGCUGUUAGAUUAUAACAUAGGGUUGACACAAUUAGUCCCCAACGUUAUGAGGGGGGGUAGUAAGAGGGAUAGGGGGUGGUAUUAUUUCACCCCUAGGGUAGCUAGUAAGGAAAGGGGAUACCGAGGUGAGGGAGUUAGCAUCCGGAAGGCUAAAAGAGCCAACCAGAAUAGGUUUAGUUUAAAUGAGGAUGAUAAGGAAGAAGUGAGAAAGUUGGUGAGGAAGGGGGGGGAUUUACUGAACAUUAUGGACCUCACCAGCGCACAAUGCAUAGAAGCUGCUGAGCUCUAUGGGCCAAGCGCUUUAAGUGAAGCUGAAAUGGAUCAGUUUUUGAACACUGCUAGAGGAGUGGCCAUCCCCAAGAAGCCAAGGAAGAAGUCAAAGACUUCAACCAAGAAGGGUUGGGAGGAGAGGAGGGCACUACAGAAGAAGAAGAAGGUGGUGGAGGAGGAGGAGAGAGGGAGUGAGGUUCCCCAGUUCGUACCUCAGCCUCCUCCUGUUGAGCUGGACCCUCAGCUCAGACAGUUGGAGGAGGGGGCUGAGGUACGAGCUCCCGAUAAGGGGAAAGACCCUGUUCCCCCAAUGGCAUUCCAGAGCAGCCUGUUCGAGGCAAAGAACAUGACGGGGGCUAGGUGGUUCAUCAACACCACCUUCCUCGAAGUGGACAAAUGUAACACGCGGGAUGAGGCUCUGAGGUAUUGUGGGGCUUCAGUGGUGAAGCACGUUUUAAAGGUAUGUGAAGUUAUUUGCAGUGCGAGCUGGGUGAAUGGUCUAGCCCAGGAGUUCAUGGAUAGUGUGAAGGAGCGCUCCCUCUUGCAGAGGCAGAUCUCUGAAAGCGAGCGUGAGGCUCAGGCGAAUGAAAUAGCGCUGUUGAAGGAUGCGUUGAUGGAGCUGAAGGAGAAUGUGCAGGUAUUGGUACACAAUGGGAUGAAGGAGCACAUUAGCAACUUAAUCAGCUCCAGUUCGUUUGACAACAUCGUCAACUUGUACCGGCUGCCCACUGCCAUCAUUGCCUUCACGGACUGCAAAAAGAAGGUGAAGGCUGAAUAUCUCGAAGUGGAUAUUACAAAGAUCACCUUCGGAGAGCAAGAAGGAGUGGGGGAGGACGGUGAGAGCAUGUCAGCAGACUUCCGUCCUCAGAUCAAAUUGAGGUGGGAGCAUGAUGCAGACGGACGUGCUGUUUUCCCUCCACAGUUCGACUUCGAGUUCGUUGCAGUGGAGGAAGAAGGGGCAGAGGUAGAGGAAGACGAAGUGGAGGCAGGAGUGGAAGGAACUGAAAUGGAUGAGAGCCAACCAGUUCCAGAAGUGGAAAUUCAUCCAGUUCCGUUUGACGAUGAGCAGCCUCCUCUGCCAGACGAGCAGCAGCCAACACAACCACCUCUUCCGGCUGAGCAGGAGCCAAUUAAGACACCUCCGCCAGCAGAGAAAUAAUUUUUGUUUUUUGAUUUUUGUAAAAACAUUUAAACAGUUUGUAAUACCGUUGUUACCUUAAAUGACAAUUUCAUUUUGAAAUCAUGUGUUUGUUUAUGUUUGCUUUAUAUUUGUGUUAUUUUUUAUUAAUAAAAGAAUUGAGAUUAU